CUGCCCCACCGUCGCAUCUCCAUCUCCACACCUGCAAUCUGAUGCCAUGCCCGAACCAUCGGAUCAACCAGUUCUUACCAAGCGAUCAAGGCUGCGCCUUCAAUGUUCGGUAUGCCAUCAAGCGUAUAGCAAGAGAGAACAUCUACUUCGUCAUGAGCGAACUCAUACGGGUUACAGGCCGUUUGCCUGUGGCGAGUGCGGUCGGAAGUUCGCCCGCCACGAUGCCAUGAAGCGGCACGCUAAGCUGCAUAUUCGUUGUGAGAACGUCUCUGGCAACUUAACCCCCCAGGGCACGUCAGCACCUCCUCUUGACCUUAACUGUGGCUCCGUGGACGACCAUUCUGCGUUGCCAUCGCCAGUCGAUGCGGAGGCGUAUGGACUUCAUCAACCAACAGAGAAAGGCGCCGUUGCACCUCAAAACUGGGAGGAGACUGUGGUGCUAGACUCAAACGCUCAAUUGUUCUGGCCAGACUCAGAGGACCUGCUCCAGAGCAUCAUUUCAUACGAUCCCAGCUUCUGGGCGCAGGCAUCGACGUACGCACCCUUUCUUCACGGUCCUUUGACCCCGCUCGUAGGAAACGGAGCGGCCGCAAUUCCACCUCUCAUACCCGAUUCACGGACUGACAGCGGUCAGUCGGCGGUCCAGCAGCUCAGUGGGUUGAUUGCAACCGCCUUCACAGACAUCACUACCGCUGUGGAUCUCUCGGAUCUCACAUCCAGCUUUCUUGACGGCUGCCUGCACAUGUUCUUCACACAGGUCAACUGCGUCUUUCCAAUCAUUCAUAGACCGACCUUUGUCUUCCGAGAAUGCUCGGCUCCAUUGUUGCUAAACGCCAUAGCACUGGGCUCGCUAUUCCUCGGAGGGAAGGAUGCCAUCCUAAAAGGAGAGGCGCUCUGGAGAUUGUCUCAUGCGGCGAUAGCGACGUCCUGGCAUACACUAAUAGGGCACAAAGGCCCCUACGACAAAUGUGGAGGCGUGCAGCUAGUCCUCACUGCAUUGCUGUCACAGGUGUACGCAAUAUUUUCCCGUGACAAAACGAUCAGGAUGACGUCUCAGAUCUUCCACGGUCUCGGAUUCUAUUGGGCACGACACUGUGGGAUGUUCGAACUAGCCAAGAUGCCUAAAUUGCCCGUCGACGGCUCCAAUUCUGAGCACGAGCAGCAGAUAUGGCGAUUUUGGGCGGCUCGCGAAACCCAACUCCGAGCCUUGUUAGGCAUGUAUAUCAUGGAUGGAAUCGUCGCACAGUUCUCGGGGAACCCGACUUUUGCUUCACACAUGGGAAAUCCUCUCCCUCUACCUGGCAGCGAGGCCGCUUUUGAAGCCACGACGGCCUCUGAAUGGGUUCAACAGACACGCGCCUCUGUACCGCAUAACCCCAAGCUUUCAUAUUGCAACGUGUUUCGUGGCCUAUUUGGCUACGAGAAUUCGGUACCUAGUGAGCUUUCGCUGCCAUCAUGCCUUUCUCUUCGGGCCGCCCUCGAAGGUAUUGCGUCCUUAGUACUCGAAUCGCGCCGUGGUUACGCUGCACCACCAGUUGGAUGUCCAGGGACACGCGAGAUUUAUCUUGCGUUACUCCGACUUCGUGGCUGCAUCAUCAAUAACCCGUCUUUAAACCCGGUCGACUCCCUAUCCCUCCUUCUUCGGUGGCAUACCAAUGCCCUUUCUAUCUCUGCCGAUACAGCGCGGGGAACUCGGCGACUUUGUCAUCUCCUCGGCAUACAACAGCACAUUUUUGGCGGUUCGCCUCGACAUGAGGAUGAUCUAGACCCGGGGGGGUGGGUCGCAAGCCCCAAUGCCAGGCAGGCGUUGCUCCAUGCGGUCGAAAUGCAGAAGAUUGUCGAAGAGUUGCCGCGCGGACGAUGUCACGGGUUCGAAGUUCCGGUUGGCGUCUUCUGUAUUGCAUCACUGUAUGCGGCACACGUUCGAGCAGGCGUUGUGACGGUGGUAUUACCUUCAGUGGUUGACUGGGAAGUUGCUGGCCUUGCGAUUAGCGACCUGAGUUCAAGGGACUUGGAUCACGUAUUUGUCGAUAGGGUAUUGAGAGAGGGUGAUACCGCAAAACGAGAGACAGUCGAAUUUGUGGCUGGAAGGUUCCAUGGCGGACUCGCGGCUGGAAUCGGCACAAGCACGAUGACAGUCCACACCAAGAACCUCAGUUAUGAAUUGAGUGCUUUGCUGAUCUUGCUGAGGGGGCUAAGCGCACAAUGGGGCGUCGCUGGGGAGAUGGAGCGAGUCCUGAGUAUGUGGAUCGCAAAAUGCGGUUGAUUCAUAAUAAAAUAC